AUGAUCGAGGAGGACGCCGGCCUGAGGAACGGCAGCAGGGGGCUCUCGGGCCAGUGGGCGGACGCGGCGGCGGUGCGACCCCGGACCACGGAGCGCCACAUCACGGUGCACAAGCGCCUCGUGCUGGGCUUCGCCAUCUCCAUCCUGGCUCUGCUGGUGGUCACCAUGAUCGCCGUGUUGCUCAGCGUGCGCAUCGAGGAGUGCAGCGGCAGCGACAACGCGGCGGACGGCCCAGCGGCAGGCAGGGCGGGCAACGGGAGCGUCCCGGCGGCGGCGGCGGCGGCGGCCGCAGGAAGCGCCCGCCUGAACCAGAACAAUGCCGGGGAGCUCCCCGGCCGCGGCGGGCUGGGAACGGCAGCGCCGGGAGCGGCAGCGGGGGAAGAGGACGCGGAGCAGGAGGAGUGGCAGAGGCGGCGGCAGCCGCCGCCCUGGACCCAGCUGCGCCUGCCCGGGCACCUGCGCCCCCUGCACUACAACCUGAUGCUGAGCGCCUUCCUGGAGAACUUCACCUUCAGCGGCGAGGUCAACGUGCAGGUCGAGUGCCUCAACGCCACCCGCUACAUCGUCCUGCACGCCCACCGCGUGCGCGUCGAGGCGGUCCGCGUGGCGGAGGACCGGCUGGCCGGCGCCCUGCGCGUCGCCGGCUUCUUCCUCUACCCGCAGACCCAGGUCUUCGUGGUCGUCCUCAACCGCAGCCUGGAGGCGCAGCGAAGUUACAACCUCAAGAUCAUCUACCACGCGCCCAUCGAGAACGAGCUGCUGGGCUUUUUCCGCAGCUCUUACGUCCUCCACGGGGAGAGAAGGUUUCUUGCCGUUACCCAGUUUUCUCCUACCCAUGCCAGAAAAGCCUUUCCUUGCUUUGAUGAGCCUAUCUACAAGGCCACGUUCAAAAUCAGCAUCAAACAUCAAGCAACCUAUUUAUCUUUGUCCAAUAUGCCUGUGGAAACCUCAGUUUUUGAAGAAGAUGGAUGGGUUACAGAUCACUUUUCACAGACUCCACUCAUGUCCACAUAUUAUCUAGCCUGGGCUGUUUGCAACUUUACAUACCGUGAGACUACCACAAAGAAUGGUGUUGUGGUCAGAUUGUAUGCAAGACCUGAUGCCAUCAGAAGAGGAUCUGGGGACUAUGCUCUAAACAUUACUCGGAGACUAAUUGAAUUUUAUGAAGACUACUUCAAAGUGCCCUAUUCCCUGCCAAAAUUAGAUCUAUUAGCUGUGCCUAAGCAUCCUUAUGCUGCUAUGGAGAACUGGGGACUAAGUGUUUUUGUGGAGCAGAGGAUACUCCUGGAUCCAAGCAUUUCUUCCAUAUCAUACUUACUUGAUGUCACCAUGGUCAUUGUGCAUGAAUUAUGCCAUCAGUGGUUUGGUGACCUUGUGACUCCAGUAUGGUGGGAAGAUGUGUGGCUAAAAGAAGGCUUUGCUCACUAUUUUGAAUUUGUUGGCACUGACUAUCUCUACCCAGGCUGGAAUUUGGAGAAGCAGAGGUUUCUGACAGAUGUCUUACAUGAAGUCAUGCUGCUUGAUGGCCUGGCUAGUUCACACCCAGUGUCACAGGAAGUGCAGCAAGCAACAGACAUUGACAGAGUGUUUGACUGGAUCGCCUAUAAAAAGGGUGCAGCCUUAAUUCGAAUGCUGGCUAAUUUUAUGGGUCACUCAGUGUUUCAGAUGGGCCUGCAAGAUUAUUUAACCAUUCACAAGUAUGGCAAUGCUGCCAGAAAGGACCUAUGGAACACACUGUCGGAGGCCCUUAAGAAGGUUGGAAAAAUUGUGAAUAUCCAAGAAGUAAUGGAUCAGUGGACACUCCAGAUGGGUUAUCCUGUUAUAACUAUCAUGGGAAAUGAAACUGCAGACAAUGUUAUAAGAAUCUCCCAAGAACACUUUAUUUAUGACCUUGAUGUUAAAACCAAAGAUCCUGGCCUUGGAAACAACAGCUACUUGUGGCAGAUUCCAUUAACAAUUGCAGUAGGAAAUACGAGCCACAUCUCAUCAGAGGCAAUUAUAUGGGUGUCUAACAAAUCAGAACAUCACAGGAUUGCUUCUCUUAAUGAGGGAAGCUGGCUUCUGGGCAACAUCAAUCAAACUGGCUAUUUUAGGGUUAACUAUGACAUUAGAAAUUGGAGGCUGUUAAUUGACCAACUAAUGAGAAACCAUAAGGUAAUCUCUGUCAGUAAUCGUGCAAGUUUGAUCGAUGAUGCAUUCAAUUUAGCCAGAGCUGGCUAUUUGCCUCAGAAUAUUCCACUAGAGGUUAUCAGGUAUCUGUCCAAGGAAAAGGAAUUUCUGCCCUGGCAUGCUGCUAGCCGAGCACUUUAUCCUCUAGAUAAGUUGCUGGACCGCACAGAAAACUACAACAUCUUCAAUGAAUAUAUUUUAAGACAAGUUGCUUCAAUGUAUCUUAAGCUUGGAUGGCCAACAAAUAAUUUGGACAAAUCCUUUGUUCAAGCUUCCUACCAACAUGAGGAGUUACGCCGUGAAGUGAUUAUGCUGGCUUGCAGCUUUGGUAAUAAGCAUUGCCACCAGCAGGCUGCAACUCUGAUCUCAGACUGGAUUUCUAGCAACAGGAACAGAAUACCACUAAAUGUGAGAGACAUCGUCUACUGCACAGGAGUUUCACUGAUGGAUGAAGAUGUAUGGGAGUUCAUCUGGAUGAAAUUCCACUCUACUACAGCAGUUUCAGAGAAGAAAAUAUUGUUAGAAGCUUUAACUUGUAGUGAUGACAGAAAUUUGUUAAACAGGCUUCUUAACCUGUCUCUCAAUUCCGAAGUUGUCCUGGAUCAGGACGCAAUCGAUGUCAUAAUCCACGUAGCUCGAAAUCCACAUGGAAGAGAUCUUGCUUGGAAAUUUUUUAGAGAAAAAUGGAAAAUAUUGAAUGCAAGAUAUGGAGAAGCGUUAUUUAUGAAUUCAAAACUUAUCAGUGGAGUCACAGAAUUUCUUAAUACAGAGAGUGAACUAAAUGAGCUAAAGAACUUUAUAAAGACCUAUGAGGAGGGAUCUGCUGCCUCUUUCUCCCGAGCUGUUGAAACAGUGGAAGCUAAUGUCCGGUGGCAAACGCUUUAUAAAGAAGAAUUAUUUCAGUGGCUGAAAAAAUCACUGGCUCACUGAUCAGUGU